GCGAGGAGGGUGCGUGUUGUGAUGUUUGUUGGUCGAUCAAAUAUUGAUAUUGUUUGCAGCAUCGACAAGAACGAUCCCUGACUACAACUCGAGUCGCUACGAACAGCAGCACGACGCUCUUCCGGCAGAGGAAUACGACGAAGAGGAUGGGAAGGAGGAGCUGGAAGAGGCGAUGCCAAAUGAUGUGGAGGGCGCCCACACGGUGCAGGCCGAGGACCGCGUCGAGGAGGCGAUAGCGGAAAGAACUGACGCGGACGCACCGACACCCGCAAUCCUCACAGAAGAGGAGGGCGUAGGCUCGACACCAGAACCAGUUCUUCAUGACGUCGAGCGCGCAGAGGAAGCGUCGGCGCAAUCAGUCCCUGUCGGCGAGUCAGAUUGCGAAGAGCCUCAGGUUAACUCGCCCCCGGUCGAGGAGCAUCGUGGAGAUGAGGGGGAAGCGGCAGUCGAGCUUGAUCGGGAGGUCCUCCAGGAGGAAGUUCAACAAGAGCCGAUCGAUGGAUUCGAGGUGCUCGCUGGGGCGGCAGUGGUCGAGGUGGUCGAGGAGAGGCCAGAGGGGACUCUUGAAGCUGCGGAGAAAGUUGAGGAGGAGAAGGUCAUCGGCAACGGCGAGGAGGAGAGGCAACUCGCUACGGACAAGUCCGCGAACAUGUCGGCUGAUCCGGCCCGAGUCGAAGAGCACGAGGAAAUGCCGGAUACAGCAGCUCUCAUUUCUUCUCCCUGGCCAAUCCCUCCUCAGGAGUCUCUGGCAACCCAAGAACAGCCGCCCGCCUCUGUUGAAGUUACUCCAGCCGACGCAGAGCUUCCAGCGGUAGCAGAAGAGAUAUCGCACGCGCCUGAAGUCGAUCUCGAGGAGGAAACACGCGAACAACCGGCAGAAGACGCGAUUGCAACUUUCGAAGUAAUACCGGAACCCGCUCCCGUCAUGGAAGCCAAGACCCCAUCCCCUGUUCCUGACGCGCCAGUUAUCGAGCCAGAAGUUCCCGAUCCCUUUAUUGUCGACGACCCCGAGGAGCCUGCGGACGAGCCUGAGCAACACGCCACGCCCUUAGCCGCCGACGAUGUCCCCCUCUCUGAGGCCGCGCCACCUGCUGACGCCCCGCAGCCGCCAUCAUCCUCCGAAAGCGAUCAGGAUGAAGAGGAGGCGCCGGACCUUUACCUCCCAGAACUCGUCCUGCCGACGAUGUUCCUCCCGAUCCCCAACGUGCGCGACCUCCUGCCCUCUGUUGACUUCUCUUCCUGGUAUUCAUUCGCACGCAUGUACAUUACUACGGACAGGCAGACCCACUGACCACGCUCUUGAACAAAUAUAUCUAUCCGCCCGACAAGCGCCCCGCGCGCGACCUUUCUGGCGAUUGGCAUAAGGCGGACUUUCAUACCCUUGUUAUGACGAAUAGUUGGCGCGCGCUGGCG